GGUUCCGCCUCUCGGCCACUUCCCGGCUGGGAGAGCCCGGGCAGGGCCCCCCCAUCCCCCCCCCGUUUGCCUCAGUUUCCUCAUCUGUAGAAAGAGCUGGAGAAGGAAUGGCCUCCAGAGAACUCCAAGGGGGGUCGGACACGAGUGAGCCACAAAUUAUCUCUCGUUCAUCCUCUUCUGUCUCUGCAUGAGAGGUUCGCGGAACCCUAGAAUUAGAGCCGGGGGGGCCUAACCCCCGCUUCCCCCCACCUUGGGUUAUGAGCGUCCCCCUAGGACUCCCUAGCCCGGCAUUGGGCAGUGCGCCUGCGCCAGAGCCUCCUGGACUUCAUUUCCCAGCAUCCUCGGUUCUCAGCCCCUCCCACGUGAGCCACAGAGCCCCGCCCCCUAGCCUGCGGAGGCCUUGACAGCGCGAGACGGAUGCUGGGACUAGCCCUGGAAGGGCUCCUUCGGAGCUGUUCCUGCGCAGGCGCAGCGGUGCGGACUGCCGAAAGAGCGCUUGGACCACGGUGGCAGCAGCAGAGGGUCUCCUGCCUCCUCAGAGGGGUCCAGGGACGCUUCCACCGCUGCAUCCCUCCCAGAGCAGGACCUCCCGAGCCUCGCUUCCAGCCCCACGGAGGCUGCCUCGGUGCCAGACCCAGGGAAGCUGCCUCGGUGCCAGGUCAUGGCCAGGCCCCUGAGCCCCCGAGAGCCCGUCGGCCUCCUGAGAAUAAAGGUGGAAGAAGAUCUUCCCGGGUACCAAGAAUUCUUCCUGGGAGGAAGUAAGCCCGGGCCCUCUGGGCAGCCUGGGGCAGUGCCCGUGGCACAGCCAUCCACAUCUGCCGGGCCUGAGGGGACGGGCCCCCGGGCGCUGCAGAAUCCAGGCCGCACACCUCCUUUCCGGGAUUCUGCUCUUCCCUGGCAGGGAAUCCCAGGAGGAGGAGGAGGAGGAAGGCCUCUGACAGCUGGAUCUCAGGAGUCGGUGACAUUCAAGGAUGUGGCCGUGGACUUCACGCAGGAGGAGUGGGGCUACCUGGACCCUGCCCAGAGGGACCUGUAUAGGGAGGUGAUGCUGGAGAACUACAAGAACAUGGUCUUCCUAGGACUUGUGUUUUCCAAACCCAAUGUCAUCCUCCAUUUGGAACAGAGGAAAGAGCCAUGGAGCCUACAGAGUAUUAACAAGAGAAAUGUCCCCAGAGGUUCCUGUCCAGACUCAAAGACCAGACCUCAGACUAAAGCAUCAAUUCCAAAGCAGAGAGUUUUUCAAGAAAACUCUUUCCCGGGGCUGAUAAUAAAAAGACUUCCAAGGAAUAGUCCCAUGUACUCAAAGUUUAGGGGACAAAAAGCCAGAGAAAAUGAGGGCAGUUUAAACAAAAAGCAGAGAAAUCAAGUGAAACCCUUUGAAUGCAGCGAAUGUGGAAAAAGAUUUAUCUACUGCUCUGAGCUCAUUCGACAUUGGCGAAUCCAUACCGGAGAGAAACCUUAUAAAUGCAACGAAUGUGAGAAAACUUUCAGAUACUGCUCGUCCCUGAAUCAGCACCAGAAAAUCCACAUUUUAGAGAAACCCUUUGAAUGUAGUGAAUGUGGGAAAGCUUUUAGCGACAACUCGACCCUCCUUCGACAUCAGAAAAUUCAUUACGUGGAGAAGACGUACAAAUGUAGUGAUUGUGGGAAAUCCUUUAGCUACUAUUCAGCCUUGAUCCGACAUCAAAGAAUUCAUACUGGAGAGAAGCCCUAUGAAUGCAGUGUGUGUGGGAAGGCCUUUGGGUACUGUUCCUCUCUAAUCCAGCAUCAUAGAAUCCAUACCAUAGAGAAGCCCUAUAAAUGUGAUGACUGUGGAAAAGCCUUUACCGAUAGCUCAAACCUUCUCCGACAUCAGAGAGUUCAUAAUGUAGAAAAACCCUACAAAUGUAAUGAAUGUGGAAAGUCCUUCAGUUACUGCUCGGUCUUCAUUCGACAUCAGCGGAUUCACACUGGAGAGAAGCCUUAUGAAUGUAGCGAAUGUGGGAAAUGCUUCAGCCACAGCACGUGCCUUACCCAGCACCAGAGAACGCACACUGGGGAGAAACCCUACGAGUGCAGCGAGUGCGGGAAAGCCUUCAGCCAGAACUCGUCCCUUUAUUAUCACCAGAGAGCACACACGGGGGAGAAACCCUACAAAUGCAACGUGUGUGGGAAAGCCUUCAGUUACAAUGCCUCCCUCACCCAACACAAGCAAACGCACACAGGGGAGAAGCCCUACGAGUGCAGGGACUGUGGGAAAACCUUCAGCCGGAGGACCUACCUUACUGAGCACCAGAGGAUUCAUCUGGCAGAGAAGCUCUUUGAGUGCGGUGAGUGCGGCAAGUCCUUCACUCACAACUCUUCUCUUACUGAACAUCAGAGGUUUCACACCGGAGAGAAGCCCUACGAAUGCAGUGAGUGCGGGAAAGCCUUCAGCCGGAGCACGUUCCUAACUCGCCAUCGGCAAACCCAUAGUGGAGAGAAACCUUAUGAGUGCAGUGAGUGUGGGAAGUCCUUCGGCCAGAGACAGUCCCUUUAUUACCACCAGAGGACACACACUGGGGAGAAGCCCUACGAGUGCAGCGAGUGUGGGAAGUCCUUCAGCCGGAGCACGUUCCUCACUCAGCAUCAGCGAAUUCACACUGGUGAGAGGCCCUAUGGCUGUGACGAAUGUGGGAGUGCCUUCAGUAGGCGGGCAGCCCUCACCAAGCACCAAAACCUUCACUGCAAAGGGUAUCUUCAGAGGGACAGCCAUCCCUUUCCUGUCAUUGACCCCGUGGCACGGACCGGGCGCCCCCCCAGCGCUCACGGCACCGCCGUCUGGCCCGCUGGCCUGGCCCAGACCAGCUACGGGGCGAGGGGGCUCCCGGACUACAUUUCCCAGAAUCCUUCCCGCAUCCGGUUCCAGGAGCUUGGCGGGUCCCCGCGACAUCGCUGCCACCUGCUUGGUGCCCACCUGGGGGGCGCUUGGUACCUGCAGGGUUUCAGCGAGGCUUGGGCCUCGAUCUCUGGAUGGCCCAGGUUGGCCCUGCCCCGCAGCCACCGCCCAGCGCCGGCCUGGGUCAUGGCCGCCUCUCUGUCCCUCCCGGUCCCAGCCCCCCCAGAACAAGUGAGGUUCCUCAGCCUGAAGGGGGAGGAAAACGCCCCCGGGCCGCAGGGAACCCCCCAAGGAGGGGGCCAGACUGCCCACGGACCCUCCUGCCAGGGCUCCAGGACAAAGCCCAGAGACCCACGGGAAGGAGCAGGGGGCGCAUCGGAGCAGUCCUGGACCUCUUUGCCCGGGACCUGCCGGAGGCCACAGCAUCCAAAACACAAGAGUUUCAUCCAAAUUCUUGAGGAAAAAGGUCAGAUGGAGGGUGGCCCCUGGACAAGCAGAACGCAUGUGAUGUGUCAGGAGCCGGUGACAUUCCGGGAUGUGGCCGUGGACUUCAGCCGGGAGGAGUGGGGGCUACUGGACCCUGCCCAGAGGGACCUCUACAGGGACGUGAUGCUGGAGAACUACAGGAGCCUGGCCUCCCUGGGGCUGCUCCAAGCCCAGCCUGAUGUGCUCUCUCAUUUGGAACAUGGGAAUGGACCCUGGAGGCUGGAGACGGGAGACCCCAGAGGCCCCCAGCCAGAUUUAGAACGCACAUCUGCAGCCAAAAUGUCAUCUCCAUUGUUGGAAAGAGUUACAAAGAAUGGUCUCUGGGACUCAAAAUUGGAUGAAAACUGGAAAUGUGAGAACAAGUUAAAAGGACAGCAGAAGAAUCUGGAGAAACCGUUAGAGCAGGGCACAGUCACCCACAAGAAAACACAGAGUCGGGAGAAAAUUUACAAAUGUGAUGAGUGUGGGAAGACCUUCAGCUGGAGCACAUGUCUUACCAAACACCAGAGAAUUCAUACUGGUGAGAAACCUUUUGAGUGUAAUGAAUGUGGGAAAGCUUUUAGCCAGAAAUCAUCCCUCUGUUACCAUCAGAGGACUCACACUGGAGAGAAGCCCUAUCUGUGCAGUGAAUGUGGAAAAGCCUUCAGGUACUAUUCAGUCCUUACUCAACAUCAGCAGAUUCACACUGGAGAGAAGCCUUAUGGAUGCAGUGUCUGUGGGAAAGCCUUCAGCCAGAAUUCCUUCCUUACUCAGCAUCAGAGGAUUCACACUGGAGAGAAACCCUAUAAAUGCAGUAACUGUGGGAAAGCCUUCAGCCAGAGGGCCUCCUUGUAUUAUCAUCAGAGAAUUCACACUGGGGAGAGACCUUAUGUGUGUGGAGAGUGUGGAAAGGCCUUCAGUUACUGCUCAGUCCUCAAUCAGCAUCAGCAGAUUCACACAGGAGAAAAGCCUUACGAGUGCAGUGUCUGUGGGAAAGCCUUCAGCCAGAAUUCCUUCCUUACUCAGCACCAGAGGAUUCAUACAGGAGAGAAACCCUAUGAAUGCUCUGAAUGUGGGAAAGCCUUCAGGUACUGCUCGGCCUUUAUCCAGCACCAGAAGACUCACACUGGAGAAAAACCUUACAAAUGUAAAGUGUGUGGGAAAGCCUUCAGUUACUGCACCUCCCUUUCUCAGCACCAUCAAACUCACACCGGUAAGAAGCCCUAUCAGUGCAACGAGUGUGGGAAAGCCUUCAGCUACAGCUCCUCCCUUACCCACCAUCUGAGAACUCACACCGGGGAGAAACCCUAUCAGUGCAAGGAGUGUGGGAAAGCCUUCAGUUACAGCUCCUCCCUUACAGAGCACCUCAAGACCCACACUGGAGAGAAGUCUUACGAGUGCAAGGAGUGUGGAAAGUUCUUCAGGUGGCGUUCAUCCCUUAUCAAACACAAGACUUCACACAGGAGUGGGUAUAAGGCCCACUGAGAAAAGCUCAGCUCAGACGCAUUUCUUCUAAGCCCCAGACUGCGCUAGCUGUGAUCGCCCUCCCAGCCAUCAGUCUCCCAUCUCCAGCGGCCUUUCCAACAUCUCAAAUUGGAUGUCCAGUAGACAUCUGAAUGACCUCAUCUCUUUCCCCUAAAUUUUCCUCGCCUCCUACCUCCCCCAUUAUGGUGGGGGGCAACACCAUCCUCCUAGUGCCUCAGGCUUUCAGCCAAGGAGCCAUCCUGGAUGUGUUGCUGUCUCUUACCCUCCAUAUCCAGCCUCUUGCCAAAGCCUGUCAGUUCUACAUUUUCAGCCUUUUCUCCUUGGUAUGGCCCCACCUGUACAGAUCCCCAUCACCUCAGAUCUGGACCAGGGCAGUGGCCUACUGGGAGCUCUGGCUACCUCUAGUCUCUCCCUUCAGCCACCAAAGUGAUUUUCCUACAGGAUCAUUCCAUUUCAUCAUCCUAACCAAGUAGCUUCAGUGACUCCUCCUUGCCUUUGGAAGCAAAUGCAGACCUUCAAAGGCCUUUAGAACCUGGCCCCCUCCACUUUUCCAGGCUUCUUGUGAUCUACUUCUCAACACGUUUUCCUCAACCUGGUGACACUGACCUGCAAGAUCCCCAGCUUCUCCCUGGCUGUCAUCGGUGCCUGGGAUAACCCGAAUCUGCUCGGACUGCUAAUCUCUUUGGCUCCUAAAAUCCCACUUUCUGUAGGAAGCCUUCUCCCAACCCCUCUUAAUUCUAGUGCCUUCCUUCUGUUAUUUCCUAUUUAUCUUGUUGGCAGUUUCUUUGUAUCUGUUGUGCUUGUUGUCUCCCCCAUUAGAUUGUACGCUCCUUGAGGGCAGGUACUGUAUUGCCCCCUUUUGUAUCCCAAUGCUUAGCACAGUGCCUGGCACACAGUGGCAUUUAAUAGAUGUUUAUUGAUUAUAAAAGAUUUUCCCCCCCGUAUUUGUCCAUUUUCCCCGUUGAUGUAUGUUAGACUCUAUUUGGAGUCGCUCACAUUCUCUUGUAAGAUGUGAUCGGAAAUAACAGCCACUUGGGGCACCUUCCUGAAGAAAUAUAUUGGUUAAAACCACAAACAAGCUUUAAACAACACAAAGACAUGUACAGAUCACUUUCUAAAGCAAAGGAAGUAAAGAAAUAGAUGGUUUGGACUGUGAAUCUGAAUUUUCUUUGAUUCUAUCACUAGCCUUUGCUCUCUUCCUGUCUUAACACCCACAACCAGUACAUGAAUUUGUUUGUUUGUUUGUCUGUUUGUUUUAAGAAAGAAAUGAAGAAAAAAAGGAAAUAAAAUUUAAAAACGAAAAAAGAGAAAGAAAUGAAAGCCCCACCCCUUCCAUCUUCAGACUCAUCUCAAGUUCAUCUUUAUCAUAGCAUCUUGCAGUCUGAGGUUUCUUAGGGCUUAAUUCCUUCCUUAGCAUCUCCCUUCUGGCUGUGGGCUUUAGACACCCACUGGCAUAUAAAGCCAGUCUCAGUGUGGGGAGGAAGGAGACUCCCAUCUGCCUCCAACACUCACCAGGCCGUAGUGCCCUUCUCUGUGACCCCAGAAGCCGUCAGAUUAUUGAGUUCCUUAGCAGUCCUGCAUUAGUACAAGUGGCUUCUUCCUUGAGAGUUUCCUAUGCCAGUGAAAUCUCAAGGGCAAGUUGCAGGGCUGGG